AAGAAAACAAUGUAAUCAGAUUUCAACUGGCAACAAUAAUACAAGUCAAUUUCCAGAACAAGAAAACUUUAAGCUGGGAAAGAUAAUAAUUGAUAAUACCUUGGAUUUAGGAAAAGAAUUACAGCCUAAAAGUACACAAAGCUCUGUAUUGAAUAAUCCCAUUUUUGACACAAUGAAUUCUCAGUGUUUUCAAGCUGCGAAUAAUGAAAUUCUAGAAAACCCUGUUAUAAAAAAACUUAAAUUGGAUGAUAAUAGUAAGUGUAUAACUUCUGAAAAUGCAAGGCAUCCUAAAAAAAUAUUUCAAAAUAGUUCAAAUAUAUAUUAUAGUAGUACAUCCAAUCGUUUUAAACCUAAAAGACAAUAUGAUGGAGCAUUAAACCCUGAUAAGGCGAUAAAUGAUCAAAAUGAUAAUAUAAAAUGUGAAGAGAUUAUAACAUAUAAAGAUAAGAAAGACUUAAUGAAUAAGCUUUAUGACUUUUAUGCUAAAAAAUUUAAUGUAUAUCUAAUUUCUAAAAAAAAUUUAAAUUACAAUUCUGCAUUUCAAAAUGAAACAGUACAAUUUAAUAAUCAACAGUCGACAAAUUUAGAUUUAUUUUUGGAUUUUUAUAGAGAGGCUCUAAGUCGAUUAAAAUCUGCAUUUGACAAAGCCAAAAAUGAACAAAUUUCGAUUUUAAACAAGGGGUUCAUUCUUGGGAAUAAAGACAAAAAAUUUAUAUUUGAAUUAUCAAAGUUUAAAAGAUGUUAUUGUACGAGAAAAAGAAGCUUAAAUACAAGUAUUGAACGUCAAAUAAAAAAUAUAGAAGAAAGUUAUUUUUUUAAAGAAUCUUCAUGUGAGUCUAUAAAAGAAAUAAUAGUAGAAUGCAACAUGUUUUUAAAAGAAGUGGUAAAGUAUUUCAUGUCUCGUAAUUUGUCUAUUUACCUCUGUGAUUACACUAUACCACUUAUUUAUAAUGAAUGUGAAGAUAUUUCACAAAGAUUUACAAAUAUUUCACGAAAUUUACAAUUAGAAUUUAUUUUUGUAAUUAUAAAAAUGCUUAUUGAAAGAUUAGAAAGCUUCGAAGAAUUUUUAGUUGGGGCAGAUUAUAAUUUACUUUUGUUUUUUUAUUCUGUGACCCAUUUAUCUACAGAUAUUAAAUGGUUAAUUUUCCCUUUAAAUGUAAUUAUGGAUAAUAUUGAUAAAAAAUAUGAAUGUAGUGAAUCUAACUAG